AUUUCAGAUUCCUGCCGGUCUUGGCUGAUGGUCCGAUCGAUGGAGUCGCGAAACUAAAGAGCGAGAGGUGCCAUAGAGAGAGAGAGAGGAGAGAUACAGCGAGAAAGCGAGGGGCAGGCUCACACCCAAACGGCUGUGGGAUGGGGACGGUCAGGAGUGGCAUCGGAAUCUCAUUGUCGCUUCUCAUUAUCAUCUCGUCUCUCCGCAUCUCUGAGGGAGAACCGUUGUCGCUGAGGAAUUUCGUCCGAGAUACGAUCUCCUCCAAACCCAUUGUUAUCUUCUCCAAAUCGUACUGCCCGUACUCUAGAAGGGCUAAAGUUGUUUUCCAGGAGAUGAACAGAGUACCAUAUGUCAUCGAGCUAGAUCAGAGAGGUGAUGGGGUUGAUAUCCAAGAUGCACUGCAGCAAAUGGUGGGCAGGCGGACAGUGCCUCAGGUGUUCAUCAAUGGAAGACAUAUUGGCGGCUCGGAUGAUACUUAUGAAGCAUACGAAAAUGGGGACUUGGCGAAGCUUCUAGAGAACGUCCCCGAGUAGAAUUCCUAAAGAAAAUUAUUCAUUCCUUUUACUGAUUCAGUGCAAAUGUUUACUUACCGAGAGCAUGAUUUUGAGAACCGAAAAUUGUACGUCUUAUAAUGGGAAUGCAAAUUCCUGCAUGUUAUUUUCCUGCAGCCUUCAAGAUGUACGAAAAAAAUGGUCAGAUCUGUGUUACCGACAGCCUUAAAUUUGUGCCUCUUUUAUGUUCAGGAUAAAGUAUACAUUGACAAUUUGACUCGA